AUCGCGACACAACGCCGGCGUAAACAAGAACCGGCUACAAACCAGAAAACUCACUUCAUUUACAUAAAAUAAAUCGUCCCGACCAAAUGAGAUAAUAAAAUUCAUAAAGUUAACUAGAAAUAGGUUGGAGUUUGUGAUCAAAAGACGUGUUGGUGGAGAAAAUGAAGUCUUUUGUGGAAUACUCGAGUAGCACGGAUUUUCCGAUCGAAAAUCUGCCGUACGGUGUGUUUACUUCAGCUAAAAAUGUAGACAAGCACAUAGGGGUGGCCAUAGGAGACCUGAUUCUAGAUCUGAACGUUAUCUCCCAUCUCUUCACCGGCCCACUGCUCGCCGACAAACAACAAGUUUUCAAGGAAGACAAACUGAAUGCGUUUAUGGGCCUGACGAAGGCUCACUGGAGCGAAGCCAGGAGCACCCUUCAGAGUCUGCUAGACGUCAGUAACCCUACACUACAGAAUGAUGCGGCACUCAGACAGAAAGCCUUCCUACCCCAGAGCGAGGCCACUAUGCACGUGCCGGCGGACAUCGGCGACUACACGGACUUCUACUCGUCCAUCCACCACGCCACCAACGUGGGCAUCAUGUUCCGCAGCAAGGAGAACGCGCUUAUGCCUAACUGGAAGCACAUCCCGGUGGGCUACCACGGGCGCUCCAGCUCCAUCGUGGUGUCCGGCACGCCCAUCCACCGCCCCUACGGACAGACGUUGCCCGUUGAAGGCGCGGCCCCGCACUUCGGUCCGUGCCGCCUCAUGGACUUCGAGCUGGAGAUGGGGUGCUUCGUCGGCGGCGCCCCCACGGAGCUCGGACAGAGAGUCACGGCCAAGGAGGCGGGCGACAGGAUCUUCGGCUUUGUGCUCAUGAACGACUGGAGCGCCCGAGACAUCCAGAAAUGGGAGUACGUCCCCCUCGGCCCGUUCACCGCCAAGAACCUGGGCACCUCCAUCUCCCCGUGGGUGGUGACUGCGGAGGCGCUAUCUCCCUUCCUGGUAGAUAACUACCCGCAGGAUGUGGAGGUGUUCCCGUAUCUGAGGCAUGAUGACAAGUUCAACUUUGACAUCAAUUUGGAGGUGGAUCUAGUUUCGGAGAAGUCCUCAGUGCCGACAACAAUCACGCGUUCCAAUUUCCGCUUUAUGUACUGGACGGUGAAGCAGCAAUUGGCUCAGCAGACGAUCACCGGCUGCAACAUCCGCCCCGGGGACCUGCUGGGCUCAGGAACUAUUAGUGGAGACACAUCAGACUCUUACGGCAGCAUGCUAGAACUCUCCUGGAAGGGCACCAAGCCCCUCCGUCUACACAACGGAGAGGAGCGCAAGUUCAUACAGGACGGCGACACGGUCGUCCUUAGGGGAUUCUGCAAGAAUGAAGAUGUGAGGAUUGGAUUUGGGAAGUGUGAGGGGAAACUGCUGCCUGCCGUGCCGUUUGAAGGAUGAUUUUAUAGGGGGGAUAGGUUUGUGUACUUU